AGUUCUCUCUCUUUUUCCGGCAUCGUGUACGCUAGCUGGACACAUUCUGUGAAAGCCUGAUCAACAAUGGCUGAUACCGCUAAGAAGGCAGCCCCGGCCAAGAAGGCCGCCGCUCCGAAGAAAGCAGCAGCAGAGAAGACGGCUGCCGCAGUUGCAGCUAAGCCAGCCCCCGGCAAGGGCAAGAAGAAGUUGGAGACCGUCGCUACUAUCCGCGCCCGUACCCACAAGCCAGAGGCUGAACGCACUCCGAAACCGGCGCUGCCCCGCACGAAGAAGGGCUACGGUAGGCUGUGGGCGAAGGCUGUGUUCACUGGCUACAAGCGAGGGCUACGCAACCAGCACGAGAACCAUGCACUGCUGAAGGUGGAAGGCUGCCGCAACCGCAAGAGCGUCCUGUUUUACAUCGGCAAGCGCUGCGUGUACGUGUACCGUGGCAAGGCGAAGCGCAACGUGCCGGGAGCGGUGAAGAAGUCUAGCAUCCGCGCCAUCUGGGGCAAGAUUACCCGUUCGCACGGUAACAGCGGCAGUGUACGCGCUCGAUUCCGCACAAACCUGCCCGGACACGCCAUGGGCCACCGCAUUCGAAUCAUGCUUUAUCCGUCGCGUGUUUAACUAAAAGUGAGGCGUGUAAAUUUAACUCGGAAUCCAAUAAUAAAAGAGUGAAGAUAAGAGUA